CUAACUGUCUCUCCCCCCCUUCUUUCUCUCUCUCUCUAGACGCCAUGGCUUCAGCUUCCAAGCACCAAAAUCCCACCUUUUCCAAACCUCCGAAAACCCCAUUCACUCUCAACCCCACCAUUCACACUGACUCCCAAGACCCAAAGCCCACUACCGGUAAAACUACCACCUGCUCGCCUAUCAGACCCUCCCAAGAAGACCUCGCCCUCUCACGCUCCUCCCACCUCACGCGCCAGGAGCUCCUCCGCCGCCGGUCCCGCCACCUCAAGCAGCUCGCCAAAUGCUACAGGGACCACUACUGGGCCUUCAUGGAGGAGCUCAAGAUCCAGUACAGGGAGUACUACUGGAAGUACGGUGUCAGCCCCGUCAAGCAAGCGCUCCAACACCACGCUUCCCAGAGAGAUAUUGAAGCCGGUGAUCUUGAAGGCACUGGUGAGAACAACAACAGAAACAAUGUUAAUAUGGAUGUGACAUGCAACCAGCGGUGCGUGUUUGUGGGUUGUAAGCUAAAGGCCAUGCCUUUGACGAGCUUCUGUCACCUUCAUAUCCUCUCGGAUUCCAAGCAGAAGCUUUACAAGGCUUGCAAUUAUGUUAUCAAUAUAAAAGUCAGUGUUCAGGCAGGACCUGUUCCUUGGCAACUGACAUGCGGGAAGCCCAUACUGAGAUCAACUGUUCCUUCUCUCUGUAGUGUCCACUUCCAAAAGGCUCAAAGGCAUGUUACAAGGGCCUUGAACAAGGCAGGUCUGAAUGUUUCCUCAUCAUGUAAGCUUGCUCCCAAGUUCCACGUUGUAGUCACAGAAUAUGUAUGCCAAAUACAAACCAAAAGGAGAGCUGCAAAAAGGGAAAAUAGAAGUAGAGUUGUGGUUAAUGAAGAAAGUGCUAGCUGAGCCCCAUGUCUGUUGAUCUACAGUGCACAAGUGAUUGUUUAAAAGAUGCAAAAAACUGAGGUGUCAAACUGCUGGCUGACAACUGGAAGGAAGCUGGAGUGGGCCUGUGCUGUGUUUUCAAAUUAACCUUGAAAGUUGGACUUGUAUGGAAGUUUUUAGGACUCUUCAGCUUCACUAAAGAUGCGCCUGCUUUGCUGUUCUACUCUGUAGGAUGUUGUACAUGUGCUUCAACCCCUCUUCCACCUUUCAUUUAGAUAAUUAGGUUUAACUCCUUUUACUUCACAAAACAAGGCAAAUCCGGCUGUAUUAAAUUAUUAAUGCCAAAUUCUGUAUUUAGUUGAUUAGUGAACAGAGUGGCAUCAUCAAGGAAAAUAUCGCAGGGUUGUAUG